CAGUUAAAACUUUCAGCAUUCCUCAUUAAUAACAUCAGUAGUUCUUAUUGCAACAAUGCUGACAUACAUACUUGAAUCAUAUCAUAGCUGCGCAUGCGCUUUAAAUCGUGGAAAGCGCAAAUAAGCGGCCACUUCCGUAAACAAAUCGAACAUUAUUUUUAGGUUAUGUUGAAGUAAUUGGUUUCAAAGAAAUCAUGGAUUCUUGUUGUCUUGGCGACACUGUAAAUAAACACAAAAUAUAUGUUAUUAAAGGAAAUUUAAGAAAAAUAUUAAAGGAAAUUAUUAUUAUAUAACGUGAUAAUGAAUCGGCCAAUGGAUGUGUUGUUGAGAGAACUUGGAUGGACUGAUGGAUUUCACAUACCGGUUGCCAAUGAAGACAAUCGUCUUUUGGAAAAAGAGGUUGAGGACCUCCUUCAUAAAAAAGCUGAUUUAAUUGUUAAUUUAGAAGUCAUCACAGAUUCCUUAUCUGGUUUACAAGAAGAACAUGACAACUACAAAAAUGAAGAAAAUCAAAAUCAGAAAAUGUUGUACCAAAGACAAGGCCAAUUGGAAAAUCACAGGAACAAAUUGCAGAUCACUCAAAUGGAACAGAAUCGAAAUACUCAUGACAUAUCAGCCAUGGACAAAGAAGUUGAAAAGUUGAAAGGAAUGCAGUCUGAUUUACAGACGGAAAUCGAUAAAAUGAUGUUCAAACUGAAUAAAGUGAAAGCAAAGGUGGAAUGGGGUGAGGACGCGUUAAAUAUGUGGAACGAAUUCAUGGCCAGAAGUCACGAUGAGUCAUCUCUCGUAGAAAGGAUUUUUCGAGAUGAUGAAUCUGAAUUCAAGAAUCUGGAACUAACCAGACAAAAGCUGAGAGGCGAUGUUCUUGAGAGAAAAGAACUUCUUGAAGGCAUUAUGACCAGAUACAUACAAUAUGAAUUACAACUUCAGCAUCUGGGGAAAGUGUAUAGAGCCACUUACAAACGACAUCUCAGCCUACUGAAGCUCUGGAAUAACACAGUUGGAUUAUUGAGAGGUAGAGACCGUGUCAUUAAAAAACUCCAUCAUAAAAUCAGAGACUUGCGUUUGGGCGCGGCUGAAAAAUGCAAAUCACUGCAAGAAAAGCAGAAAUUUUUCGAGCAACAGAAACGCAACAACGCAGAGAUGGAGGUGACAAUGAAAGAUGUCGUCAAGCAACGCGACGACAUGAAGGCAGCUCUAUUGAGCAAAAUGGACGCCAACGAAGAACUUUACUCUGAAUUGAAGAUAGUGCAGAACGUGAUCGCUGAUUUGGGUUCGCGGCUCAUACAGAAGCGUGGCGAAUCAUCUCUAAACUCGCACAAAAUUGAAGAAUGCGAAAACGAAAUUGACGAAAUCAAUAAUCAAAUUAUGAUUUUGAAAUCUCAACAUGAUCUGCUCAAAAACGAGGUUCUGACACAGGCUGGUCGUGUCACUAAACUGGAGGAAAUAUACGAAGUGUCGGAAAAAGAUUUGAAGAAAAUGGAUUUUGAAUACGAAAAACUGAUCGAUCGUCACCUGGCCCAGCAAAUCCAAAUGGAGAAGGCCAAAGAACUGGAUCGUCUCAGGUCACUCGACAUCAAGGCUCACCGACUGUCAAGUGACGCCACUUCCAAGCAAUCUGCUGACAUCAGCAAAGAACUACUGCGCCAGCUUGAAAUCUACCAUAGUUCACAAUUCGAACUGAAAUCGCUGAUUGCAAAGAUCUGUCACCUGGAAGGCGAUCACAGUAGUGAGGAGAGAGAACUUCAUAACAGGAGAAUCAAAGAGUUGGAAAAAGAGCUGCUGGAACGCAAGGAGGCCUGCACUCUGGUUGAAGAACAAGUCAAACAUGCUGAGCAAGACUCGUCGAAACUAGCGCUGGAGCUGCAGAAAGGCGACGUGGAGCUGCAGAGUUUGUCGGACAAGAAGAACGAGCGCGUGCGGCUGGCCGAGGGAUUGCAGAAGACGCUGAGUCAGCGCAGUCGAGCCAAUCAGCAGCUGCAGGCUGAGCUGGUUCUGUUGCAGCUGAGGAUGAGUCAGGCGGCCGGCAUGCUCAAGCGAGAGGGAGGUGCUGUUUUCUCCCUCGAGAAACAGAGGAUUGAGAUCGAAACUGCAAUGCAAGAAAAGAAAAUCGCAAUAAAUGCCCAGAAAGAUGUUCUCUACCAACAAAAGCGAGCCAUACUCGAGGAAAAGUCUGAUGUGAAGCAUAUUAUCGAUCAUCUCACCAAUCGUCUUGUACUUCUGCAAAAACGGUACGAAAUAGCUUUGGAUAUGCUUGGAAAAACAGAGGAUGGGGAACAGGCCAAUAUUACUCAUUUCAAAAUUAAGCUAGCUCAAGAAAGAACAGAACUACAAGAAAAGGGAGAUGUACUGGAUGCUAAGAUUGGAUCAACGGAAAAGGAGAUUCUGGCUAUGGAGAACACACUCAAGUUAAUGAAUUCAACUAACUACUCUUAUAAGCAAAACCUGGACUCCAUCGAUGCUAAUAGUCCUGAAAUGGCUGAUAAACAGAAGUUGGAGAACGAAUUCUAUACGAUAAACAGCGAAUUGAGAAAAAAGAAACAGACUUUGGAUAAUGUAAACUCUACGAUUAAGCAACUGGAGAUGCAGCUGGGGGAGGCAGAGGAGGCGGACGAAGGGGUGCAGAGCGAGUGGAGAGGGAAGGACAGGGAGGUGCGCGAUCUGGACAGGGAGUUGGGGGAGCAGACCGCCAAACUGCAGCGCGCUGAGAAGCAGCUGAAGAGGGUGGUCAGGCAGGUCCAACUCAUCAGCCAACCCAAAGUGCCUGUCGUUAUCGCUGAGAGAGACAUAGAGACGAGAGAAAUGCAAGAUAUCAACAAUGCUGCCCUACAGCAAUUGUCCGAUCUCUGUAUUCGGUACAUUGAGACUGUACCUGUGGUUAAUAGAUACUUGACUGAGAAAGAUCUCGCCUUACCAGUGGUUAGAUCAUCCAUGACUGCGAGCAUAUCUUCAUUAACUAUAUCCAGAAGUGGUUCAGAUGCAGCUAGCACAUCCAGAUCGAAGAUGACAUCUUUCGGAAGUGAAAUGAGUCUAACACCUUCUGUCAUCAACUUGGAUCCGUUCGGUAAAUCGGAUACUCAAACUGCAGGACGUAAAAGCAGUCAGACAAAAAAGAGUGUUUUGAAACAGAGGCCUUCAAAAUGAAAUAGAUUUUUAAUAUCAGGUACUCAAAAAAUCAAUUUUUGGAGACUGAUCAUCCUUAUUCACCGACCUUCCCUCAUUCAUCAUCAUCAUCACUUUGAUUCCAUCCUAAUCCAGAAACAAUCAUGGCUGGAAAAUGGUGGAAUCGUUCCUGGUCAUUUAUUUAAAUUUUGAAUGUUUUAUACUGGAAAGAUUAAAAUAAAUAAUAAAGAGAAGUUCAUUAUUUGUAUGUUUUCACCAAAACUAAAAGUCAAUUAUAUCAGUUCAUAUAAUUAUAUUAUAUUAGUCAGUUAUAGAACCUCUAGGACCCUGUUGCAUGAUAAAAUACAAUCUAAUAGUAUAAUACUUCCCUAUUCUAAUAAUCAGCUACAAUAAUCAAUAAUUACAUUCUUAAUAGUUGUAGUACUUACCUAUUUUAAUUUAUUAAUAGAUUUUUAUCAUUUUACUACGUUGAAAGCAUCACACAUUAUCUUAUCAUUAAAAUUAUACUAUCAGUUAUUCAUUUUCUAUUGUAAGUUUACUGUAAUAAAAAUCUGGUAAUGUAUGUGUUCAUAAUGAUGUAUUGGGUCCAAUGCUCUUAU